UCUCCAUCCUCUCUCCUCUCCAUCCAGCUCCACCCCUGUCUGCCAGAUCCUUCAUCAAAACCCCGAGCGGCACCAUCAGCUCUGCAAGAAGACUCCCUUUUUUCCAUCCUUGGCUGCUCCAUCCAGAGCUGAGAAACUUCUAUGGAGUUGGAGUGAGAGGGGAGAACCUCGAGGAGCUGCUGGCAUGGGGGGUCUCCCAGACUGGGGGCUGCUGCUCUUACUCAUCACUAUUUUAAGGAUUGCAAAAGAGGGCAAAGGAGACCUGACCUGCUCAUCCUGUCACCAUCACAUUCGUCUGCAGGGCACAGGCGCUGGGCACAUUGUCAAGAGGGUGCAGGGGGGUGCACCAGGUGACUGGCCGGAGACUUUCGCCAACGCUGGCCACCUGACGGUUAACGGUCAGAUGCAGGAUCACUGGGACGAUGGCCGGGAUCUCGGAACCUGGAGCAGGGCGGGGGGAGGGGGCGAUGGCAGAUAUUGGGCUGAUGGGUAUGAAGGGGCCGGUGACAGGUUAGGGGAUGCCAGUGCCAGCUUUUUGGAGACUUGGGUUAAUCAAGAGGGUCAGGAGAAGACUAGGGGGCAAGGGGAACAUGUGGCUGCAGAAUUCUUCAUGGAUGUAGACAGUGAUUUGAGUGGCAGGACCGAUCAGAUUGUGGAUGCCAAUGAAAGGAAUGUCCAAUUGGUGGGUGAGGGUCAGGAUUGGGGUUCCCAGACCAGUGGCACGAUGCAGACUGACCAGUUUGGAGGGACUAGGAAUGAUGAAGGUGACAGUGUGAGUGGAGCGAUGGCUACUGACCCCCUCGAAGGUGCAGCGUUCCCAACACACAGCCAUAUGCCAAGUGGGCACUCUGCCAGAGACUCUCGAGAGAUGCCCAGCAGGACAGGGAGACGGAUCAGAGAAGCCGAGGGACACAGGGUGGCCCGAGCACAGGCCGGUGACCCGGACAGGGGGAGCCGCUUUCGUGUGGAGGAACUGAAGUUAAGCAGCACAACGUUUGCUCUGACCGGAGACUCUGCUCACAACCAAGCCAUGGUGCACUGGUCCGGACACAACAGCAGCGUGAUACUAAUUCUGACAAAGCUGUACGAUUACAACCUGGGAAGCAUCACGGAGAGCUCUCUUUGGAGGUCGACAGACUACGGGACGACUUACGAGAAGCUGAAUGAUAAAGUCGGAUUAAAAACAAUCUUGAGCUACCUUUAUGUCUGCCCUACAAACAAGCGUAAGAUCAUGCUCCUGACCGACCCAGAGAUCGAGAGUAGUCUUAUGAUCAGCUCGGAUGAAGGGGCCACCUAUCAGAAAUACAGACUCAACUUCUUCAUCCAGAGCCUGCUGUUUCAUCCCAAGCAAGAGGACUGGAUCCUGGCCUACAGCCAAGACCAGAAGUUGUACAGCUCCUCAGAGUUCGGAAGACGUUGGCUGCUGCUCAGUGAAUCGGUGGCACCAAAUCGGUUUUACUGGACUGUGACCGUGUCUAACCGAGAUGCUGACCUCGUCCACUUAGAGACUAAGACCCCGGAGGGACAUGCUCAGUACAUCGUCUGUAAAAUGAACAACUGCUCGGAGACAGUCAGGACGAAGCCCUUUGCAGGAUACAUCGACACUAACUCCCUCAUCGUCCAAGAUGAAUAUGUCUUCGUCCAGCUCACCUCUGGAGGACGCCCACACUAUUACGUUUCCUACAGACGAGAGCCCUUCGCACAGAUGAAGCUGCCGAAGUACGCUCUGCCCAAGGACAUGCACGUGAUCAGCACCGAUGAAAACCAAGUGUUUGUCGCCAUCCAAGAGUGGAAUCAGAAUGAGACGUACAAUCUGUACAUCUCCGACACGCGAGGGAUAUUCUUUACACUCGCUCUGGAGAACGUGAAGAGCAUCAAGGGUCCGGAGGGGAAUGUCAUGAUUGACCUCUAUGAGGUAGCAGGGAUAAAGGGGAUGUUCCUGGCAAACAAGAAGACUGACAACCAGGUAAAGACUUUCAUCACGUACAAUAAAGGACGAGAUUGGCACCUGCUGCAGGCUCCUGAUGUGGAUCUGCGAGGAAAUCCCAUCAACUGCAUAUUGCCAUAUUGUUCUUUACAUCUACACUUGAAGGUAUCUGAAAAUCCCUAUACAACCGGUAACAUCGCCAGCAGGGAUACAGCUCCCGGAAUCAUCGUGGCUUCAGGGAACAUCGGAUCAGAGUUAACAGAGACUGAUAUCAGCAUGUUCAUUUCCUCGGAUGCCGGCAAUACAUGGAGACAGAUCUUUGACGAGGAGCACAGCGUCCUGUACCUGGAUCAAGGUGGAGUGCUGGUGGCCAUGAAGCACACCUCUCUACCCAUCCGCCACCUAUGGCUUAGUUUUGAUGAAGGGAGAACCUGGAGUAAAUAUACCUUCACAUCUAAUCCUCUUUUUGUGGACGGCGUUUUGGGAGAGCCAGGGGAAGAGACGUUGAUCAUGACAGUCUUUGGACACUUUGGUCACCGGUCAGAGUGGCAGCUUGUGAAAGUGGACUACAAGUCAAUUUUUGACAGGCGUUGCAAUCCUGAAGAUUAUCUUCCCUGGCAGCUUCACAGUCAGGGAGAGGCCUGUAUUAUGGGAGCUAGGAGAACCUACAUGAAACGAAGAUCAGAAAGGAAGUGCAUGCAGGGAAAAUACGCUGGGGCCAUGUCUUCAGAGCCUUGUGUCUGCACGGAGGCAGAUUUUGAGUGUGAUUACGGCUAUGAACGGCACAGCAAUGGUCAAUGCCUGCCUGCAUUCUGGUACAACCCAUCGUCCUUGUCCAAAGACUGCAGUCUUGGGCAAAGCUACCUGAACAGCACCGGUUACAGGAAGGUCGUGUCCAACAACUGCACAGAUGGUGUUAGAGAGCAGUACACCGCCAAACCUCAGCAGUGUCCGGGGAAAGCUCCACAUGGUCUCCGAGUCACAACACUGGACGGAAAGUUGACUGCAGAACAAGGACACAAUGUCACAUUUGUGCUGCAAUUAGAGGAGGGUGAUAUUCAAAGAACUAACAUUCAGGUUGACUUUGGUGACGGCAUAGCAGCUUCUUAUGCUAAUCUCAGUGCUACAGAGGAUGGCAUCAAGCAUGUCUAUCAGAACGUGGGCAUCUUUAGGGUCCUGGUGCAAGUAGACAACAGUCUAGGCUCUGAAACGUCUGUGCUUUAUCUCCACAUAACAGCCCCCCUGGAACACAUUCACUUGGUUUUGCCUUUUGUCACCACAAAGAACAAGGAGGUCAACGCUUCGGUGGUACUCUGGCCAAGCAACGUGGGGACCCUCACCUAUGUAUGGUGGCUCGGAAAUAACAGUGAGCCCCUCAUCACGCUGGAUCGGAGCAUCUCAUUUACGUUUGCAGUAGAAGGGAUGAACAGCAUCACUGUGCAGGUGUCUGCUGGGAACACCAUCCUACAGGACACCAAGACCAUUGCAGUGUAUGAGCAGUUUCAGUCUCUGCGAUUGUCGUUUUCACCAAAUCUCGAUGAUUUUAACCCCGACAUUCCCGAAUGGAGGCGAGACAUCAGCCGUGUGAUUAAGAGAGCACUCAUGUAUGCCACAGGCGUGAGCAGCAAACAGAUUUUAGUUGCGGUCCUCCCGGGACUACCCACGUCAGCCGAGCUCUUCAUUCUCCCCUAUCAGGACAGUGCUGAGGAGAAUAAGAAGAUAACGGAAGAUCUGACCCAGAUCUCUGAUGUUUUCAUCAGCAAGCUUAAUCAAGAGAUGGUUCAUUUCGAGCUGAAGCCCGGAGUCCGUAUUAUGGUUCAUGUCGCCCAUUUAACAGCAGCCCCUCUGGUGGACAUGACUCCGAGUCACAGCGGCUCUGCCAUGCUGAUGCUCCUAUCCGUGGUCUUCGUUGGACUGGCCGUCUUCGUCAUCUAUAAAUUCAAAAGGAAAAUUCCUGGAUAUAAUGUAUAUGCACAGAUGCAGAAUGAGAAAGAGCGAGAGACGGUCAGUCCAGGCAGUCAAAAUGAGAACUUGUCACCUAAUGUCCCUCACACUCAGCCGAUGGGCCCUGAGCAGCUGUUAGAGGGCAAGUUGGAAACACAGCCCAUAGGAAGUAUUUCAAUGGUUGCUGAAAAUCAAAGCACAAAUGAAAACCCGACCUAUGUAAAUGUGUGAAGGACGGAUGGAAGGCAGGAAAAAAGGAGGGCAGGGAGGAAGGAAGCCCACCUUGAAUCGGACUGCUCCCAAAUUCUGAAAAAAAUCUGAGGUUUUUAGCUUUAAACCCGAUGAAGAGGAUGCGUCGUCACAAUGUGUAAAGGCUACAAACUCUAGGGGACACAUCUACCCUCUUUUAAACUCAAUUGUGUUUCUACAUGAUCAGUAAAUUGACAUACGCCAGAAAUUUGCAUGCGUUAACCCAAGAGGACUUGAAAAAAUGUCACCUGUCUUUUAGAGGUGAAUGGGUUAAAAGGGCAUUUCCCCCUAAAAUAGCAAUUGACAAAUUUGUUAAAGGGAUAUUCCAGUAAGAACAAGUUGUCCCCGAUCCACUGGGAAUAACUGUUAGAUCAGAGGAAUCCCUACCAAUUACAAGAAUGGGUACCACAUAUCCCACAAUAUGAAUGGAACAGUGGCUAAGAGUUUGCAUUGGCACACCAUUCAUCACUACCGGACUGCUGGACAUAGCCAAGUACAGCACUAGUGUCUUUUCUGCUGUCCGAUGGUGUGGCAACAAGCAUGUUCCAUUCACAAAGGGGACACAAGACCCCCAUUAUCUUAAUCUGUGGGGGUCCUAGCGAUCAGACCCCCAUCGAUCUAACAGUUAUCCCUCAUCCAGUGGAUAGGGGAUAGCUUGUAACUGGAAUAUUCCUAUAAAUUGGUUUUGUCCAUUGGUUGUGUCUGGUAUUACAGUUCAUCCAUUUUCGCUUAAAUGGGGAUAAGUCGCAAUACUAGACACAACAUGUUGUUCUUUAAUCUGGACAAUCCCUUUAAGUUGUCCUCUUUUGUAAUCACAAACUCUGGAGAGACUUGGGGACAACCAUUUUGGCCACCUCUGCAGCUCUUCCAGGGGUUCUCUCUUUGAUUCCUUCAUGGAAAGCCUAGUGUCACACACAGCUGUUUUGGCUACCGACUCUUCUCUCCUCCUGUCAGGAUGGUGGAUGUUAAUUGCGUUUAACGCCCAAUAAAGAAACGGGGCGCAGUAUUGAAAUCCCCAUUGCACCAGCCCUAGGCGUUUCUGCUUGACCCAUCUCGUUUGACCCCUCUAUCUUGCAAACCCAUCUCUAAUUCAUCACAGUUACUCAGCCUUGGUUGAGCUGACUGCUCUCCUGACCUCAACCCUAGCCAAAGUCAUGGGAAGGGGGAUAUAGAUGAAAUUGUACCACCCAGGUUGGUUCUUUUUGGGGUAUAUAAGGAUUCAGACCGACGUAGGUAGGUACAUCUUCCUAUAGGAUUCUGGGACAAACCCAAUAAGAGCUGUAGUGACAUCCAUGUAAGUGGUCACCCAACUUCUCCAGGAAUGAGGACAACAUCAGGGAUUUACAUUUACAGAUGAUUAUUUUUUUAUUAUUUUUGGGGUCAGUGCUCUUUGAAUAUUUUUUUUUUAAGUUACCAUAGGUUAAACCUUGCUGUAGUUUAACGAGGCAAUUAUGUAAAUACGGGGUUUAAAGGGGAACUAUCAUUCCUUUUUUUAAUGAUAUGUGUUGUAAUUCACUUCAAUCCUUGCAAACGAAACAAUGUAUCAUUCAAAAAUUAUGCACAAACCUUGAAUCAUUUAUUAUUUGGUGCCAGAGGUUCUUAUCAUCCGUUGUGAUGUCAGUGGAGAGUUUCUUUAGUCGGUAACUAAAUCUCUCUCUGGUGUAUGAUAAGAAUAUAAUCCCUGAGUGCCAUUGUUUCCAAUCAGCGAUGUAUCCUGUUUAAAUUCUAUUACCGGAUUCUCGACCUUUCAUAUUAAAUGAUAGUUCACCUUUGAACCAUCACUUGUGGAGAGGUUCUUAACCUCUCUGCGGGAGAAAUCGCUACAUAACGUCCAAUUUAUCUGGUGACCUUUGUUAACUCGCCAAAUGGGGAGCGGAAGGACGAUACUUGUAUAUAAUCCUUUAUAAAUAAAGUAUAUAAAUCUUU